GCGUCACGUAUAACAGCUUAGCUGAUCAUGCGUUUCUGCCACUGUGAGUGAAGCUGAACAAUUUCCAUUCGUUAAAACUGAAGGUGCUGUAGCGUGCAUUAUAUCUGUUAUUUACAUGCAGGUUACGUUUUAUUGUCUAAGCUUAGUAUUUAGUGUAAUAUUCAUUCAAAUUACUAGUUGAUCUCGGCUGAAUGAAGGUGUAGGCUACUAUGGACUACAUCCUGAAAAGCCUGUUCUCAGAGGCAGAGGAGCUAUACAUCUUAGACUGCAGCGCUUACUUAUUGAUACUUAUGGCACUUCUAACUUUUGUAACGUUACUUUUUGAGAACGUACCUUAUGGCAGGUACGCCUCCAGCAGAUACGGAUUUCCUGUCAACGUCAAAUUCGCUUGGUUUGUACAAGAGCUUCCGGCAAUCCUGGUACCUUUCUGUUUGGUCUUCUUUACCUCAGCGUCGAGAACAUCUCACCUGCCAAAUCAAUUACUAUUGUGCAUGUAUUUUUGCCAUUAUGUACAAAGGUCUCUUAUAUACCCGUUUUUAAUUCGAGGGGGGAAACCCACACCUUUUGUGUCUUUUGCACUCGCCAUUGUCUUCUGCAUAUUCAAUGGCUAUCUGCAAACAAGAUAUUUGAGUCAUUAUGCAGAGUACCCUGCAGACUGGGUUACACAUCCCUGUUUCAUCUCAGGUGCCAUCCUUUGGUUUGCUGGGUGGCUUAUCAAUGUGCACUCAGACCACAUCCUUAGGAACCUCCGGAAGCCUGGAGAGACUGGCUACAAAAUCCCUAGAGGUGGUUUGUUUGAGUUUGUCUCCGGAGCAAACUUCUUCGGGGAGAUUACGGAAUGGGCUGGAUUUGCCUUGGCUGGUCAUUCUAUCCACAGCUUGGCGUUCGCCUUCUUCACCCUGGUCGUUCUGGCCAGCAGGGCAAUGGCACACCACAAGUGGUACCUCACAAAAUUUGAAGACUACCCAAAAUCAAGAAAAGCUCUGUUACCUUUUGUUUUUUGAAAUCAUGUCAUUUUCUAGAUUUUUGCAAACCAUACUAGCCUAUGGAUCCUACCCUGCACCAAUAACAGACACUGUUUUACUUUAUUUCUGUAAACCUUUCUUCGAAGGGCACAUCAGAUUAUGUUUUAUGCUGUGAAAUUACUUCAUUCAUUCAACAACACCAUACGAAGCUGUGAGUAAGAAAUUGGGUUUUGCUUGAACAACACACUAAAUCUGAGGUUGAUGUAACACUUCUCUUUGAAGUUGACUCAUGAGCCGAACCAGUAUCGGGAGGGGUAUAGCUAUAUAUCCUCAUCCGUCCUUGGAACUCUUAUAAGCUCAAAGACAUCAUGUGGUGCAUUGUACAUGCUGCAAUUUUUCCUGGUGUUUUCACUUGAGGACAUUUAUUUGGUGGAAUUCCACUCUUCAACAAGUUCCACGGAAAUAAAGAUAUUCCAGGAUAUCCUUCUAGCAACUUCAUUAGAAGAGAAUUAACUUGGUUAACAUGUUCCAGUCCACAGGUCUUCUUUAGGACGAAAACCCAAACUUGUGUUGGAGCGACCCAUUAAAAUGUAUAAAUAAAUAAAUACGUAAAUAUUUUUUUUACACUAACCACAAUCUGUUAUACAUUGUACAGAAUGACACAGAUAUUAGCACAUUUUUCAUUAGUAUGUGUGCUCCCUGGGUAUACAAAGGUGUCUUAUACACAACACUUUUGAAAUAAUAAAAAUAAUAUAAGUCCUAUGAGUGAAGCUGGCCACUGGUAACAUCUCGGCCACUGUAAACAGCUGUAGAGGUCAGCCUGGCUGGGGCUGGAGAAGGGGGCUGUCUGCUGCUCACCUGCAGUCAUCUCCAGGGGGCCUCGUUCACCAACUUCAGCUCUCUGCCCAGUCUAUCCAGUCAUAACAGAACAGGCACGUGUACUGUGCUGCCUGGCUGUUUUUAUAAACAGGAUGUUAUCUUUGCAAUUAUUUUAGGCUUUGAUUUGGUAUGGUAGGCAUAGCGGAUUGCUAGAUCAAACAAUUGAAUUUAUGUGAAGGUCGUGGAAGUCACUUCUUGGACAUUUAAAGAAAAUGAGGGACGGUUUCUUACUACACAAUUUCUUAUAUUAAAACUUAAUUUAACAAUAAUAUGCUAUAUUGGAUGUAUUUGGUUUCUUAACAGGAUACUCUGAUAGUUGAAGUAGACUCACAAUGCUGUAUUAUCAACAGGCAGUGCAUUUCUUAAGAUCUUGAGCACAAAACAGUGCCUGUCGGCAGUUUACCAUCAAGAAGACAAAUUAGGUCUGCUGUGGAUAUGAUCAAAUAGGGAACAGAAAGUUUCUUUGCACUAAUAAUUGACUUCAAAGGUUUUUCGUGAGCAUGCAAACAUGCUGAAUGUAUUGAGUACUUUGAGCUCUCUCAGCAGAUCAAGAAUACUUCUUUAUAUUGUACUGCGAUAUGGGCCUUAUCUUGCGAUAUCUGGGCCUUAUCUGAAGUUUCACAGCAUGCAUGCCACAGACAUGCUCCAACAGAAACCUUCCCAUUGACAUGUAGGCCACCCAACCAGCUCCCACCCCUACUGCUGUAUGUUAUGUGGCAUUGCACAGACGUGCUAUGCAACCCAAGCCUGGAGCUAUGUGCAGUUUGAAGAGGUAAGUUAGCUGUCAUCAUUGUCCUAUAUUUCCUGUGAGGUAAACCUGAGUGCUACUCAAAUACCCAUCAUGUUGAUUGUUUCUUUUUCUCUCUCUCUCUCUCUGUCAAUGUCUGUCUCACGCAUAUACAUACAGAUAGAUGUACGCCCCUCCCCCCACUCACAGAAUACUGGAAUGUGUUUACAUGGGUUAACAAGAUAGCAGCAGGGCAUGUUGCAACCAUGUCAGCCAGUAUAUUUUCACACACUCUACUCUCAUGUAGCCUUGGGGGGCACUUGGGGUAGCAUGUUCACCUCUUCUUUAUAGAUGUUUGUGACAUAUGUAUCUGACUGGCAUACACGUGCACCACUGAUGCUUGUUGUGUGGUAGUCACAAGCAUGGCAAGGCACAGUGUGUGUGUGUGUGUCUUGUGUUGGGUGCAGGCUAAGACGAGCUGACGGCAGUGGUCUCGCUGAGAGGGGUUUCCCUCUCACACUGUCACAUGCCACACGUGAGCAGGGAGUGAAGAGGCUGUUACAUAACAGUGGCAGGGGGAGGAUGUGCUGAGACUCCUACUGCUGCUACUCUCCUGCCUCUGUACGGACCAGUGCUUCCCAUCGUGAUUUAUUAGCCUGGAGGAUGGCCUUUUUUUCCAAAGGGGUGAUCUUAAAAGCGUGCAUAGAAUUUAACACUUCUAGCUGGCCAGCCUUGUUUGGAACAAGUGAGAAGAACAGCAGCUCCUCUCUUUUGCUCACUCUCUCAGCUUAGUCUGGCCUUGAGAUUUGUGAUAUUGCUUAAAAUGGGCAAACUGGCACAUGGAAGGCCAUGUUUAAGCAUUAUACUUGGAACGCUAACCAUAUAUGUGCUGAACAGAACAUUACAAUCUAAUAAAGGUAUUUUUUUUA